ACAAAUUGUCAUCAACUCAUUGCAUAAAUACAUAAAUCGAGUGAAACUGUAGUCAUAAAAUAAUUAUUUUGGCAAUAAUAUUUAAUAAAAUGUGUCAAAGUCCCAAUACUUUGGAGGACCUGUGUUUAGAAUCCGUUUGUGAGAACAUUUUAACUUAUAUUGAACCAGUAGAAACAAAGGAAUUGUGUUGGAACAGUUCAGAAGACAAUGAUAGCUCUGAGGAUGAAUGCACAAAUUUCAGAUUUAAGGAUCCUGAGAUUUUUCUCAUUCGAGCAAUAUCUGAGAAAUUGCUGAACAGAUUAGUGGAAAAAAGACUAUUGAGAGACUCUCUAUUAAACAUAUUCUCAAAUGAAAAUACAAAAUUGACUAAGUUUAAGAUACAAAAUUGUAAUAAGGUUUCCAAGACUGGAUUACAGAUUUUGAAACAUCAUAAAAUUCAAGAUUUAGAAUGUGUCAAAAUGGAAAAAGUUAGUAUUGGAGAGAUUAUAGAUUGCUUAAAUCAAUGGUCUAUUGAUAAUAUCACAGCAGUCAACUUUUCAAAAUGUAGCUUCAUUGAUGAAUCCAGAUAUACCUUCAUGAUGAAAAUAUCAGACUUGAAAAAUUUGAGAAUACUCAAUUUAUCUUAUACUGAAUUGAACCAAACUGUUUUUGAAAUGAUCUGUGAAGAUUUGAUACAUCUGGAGAAGUUGAACAUAUCAGGAACAUUAGUGGUAGAUCUGAUGCCCCUAGCAUUGCUGUCAUCAAAACUAACAAGCCUUUCUAUUUGUGACCUCUCUUCUGCUGAGAAUGUGAUCACAACCAUAAGACAGCUCAAGUUACUCAGAUUUUUAGAUAUCAGCUUAUGUAUUGAAAGAGUAGAGAGUGAACUAUCAUACCUUCAUCACCACCCUGUCAUAGCUUUGCUAGAAGAUCCUGAUGUAUUACCAGAACUUUCAGCUCUAGAUAUUUCUGGUUGGAAAGUGUAUAGUUCAAAGGAUGAACUGAUGACAUGUAUUGAAUCUCAUCCAAAAUUAGAAUAUUUGGGCAUUGUUUUGUGCCCUGUAGCUUUUGACCCAGUUUUUUCUGAUUCUGGAGGCAUCAACCAUUCAAAAAAUUUAGUAAUUGCUGGUUUAGGAAAUGAAGAACAGAUUAAGGUCACUCUCAAGAAGUACAAAGAUAGGUCGAAUUAUGUACAAAAAGCGUUGUAUUACUUAUUUCAAUUGACGAGCUCGUUUCAGGAAGCUAGACCGGACGUAUUCAACCUAGUUCUGCCUGUCAUGGAGGCGAAUUGCAGCAUAUUCGGCGUUCAAAUGGCCGCCACAGCUUGCCUGUACAAUCUGACGAGAGGCGAACUAUCGAAAACAAUUCAUCCUAGGGCUCUGAGCAAAGGGGUCAACCUGACCCUGUAUGCUAUGGAAUAUUUUCCAGGGGAAUUCCAGCUGCAGAAGAAUUCUCUGUUAACGUUAUGCAGCGACAGGAUAUUGCAGGACGUUCAUUUUGAUAAGUUCAGGUGCGCUAGAUUGGUCUUGGAUGCUCUGUGUCGCUUUGAAGAUGUGAAUAUGGAUCGUAUGGCAGUUGCAAUAUGUAGUAUUCUAGCAGCAAAGGUAUCAACAGAGGAGACUUCAGAACUAGGAGCCAGGCCUGAAUACAUGAAGAAACUGCUGACAAUGGUUCAAACUAGAGUGGACACCAAGGUACCUGAUAUAACCCUGAAAUUCACCCUGAGCGCACUUUGGAAUUUGACAGAUGAAAGUUCUGCCACUUGUCAAGUGUUUCUGGAACAAAAAGGUGCCCAUUUAUUUUUCAACGUUCUCAAAACCUUCAAAGACAAUUCGGCUAUAGAAACCAAGGUGUUAGGUCUCCUGAACAACAUCGCCGAAGUGUCGCCUUUGCGCUGCCACCUCAUGAUGGAUCCCCUCAUGGACGAACUCUGUCACCUGCUCGCCUCCGACAACAUCGACGUCGGCUACUUCGCCGCCGGCAUCGUCGCCCAUCUCGCCUCCGACGGCGACCAGGGGUGGAAGAUCUCGUGCCGCAACAGACGCGACAUGCUGAUGGAAUUGGAGAAGGCGGUGGCCGCAUGGAAAACGCCCGCCAGUGAGAUGGUGGCCUACAGGAGCUUCAAGCCGUUCUUUUCGCUGCUGUCGGUCGGAAUGGACUACCAGGUGCAGCUGUGGGCCGUGUGGGCCAUACAUCACGUGUGCACCAAGAAUCCAAAGAGGUACUGCAAGAUGCUUCAAGAAGAGAAAGGGCACAUAAUGUUAAAUGAUCUCAUAAGCCAUCCAGGCUCUCAUCAGCAGAUAAAAAAUAUCUGCUCCAAUAUUCUGGAAACUUUUGGCAUGUGAGGAACUGAGUUUGAGAAUUAUUUUUUCAAUUUCAAUAAUAUUUGAGCACAUGUGAUUGAUUAUUUAUAUCUAAGAUAUACUUAUUAUAAUUAUAUGAGGUCUUCUGAAAGCAAUAUUUUGUUGAAAUAUUGUUUAUUUUUUACAAUAGCUUCUAGAUAUUUACAAAGUCUGAAUUUAUUGUUUAUACUUAACUAUAUUGUUACCUAUUGGGUUUUGUUAUGUUUUUGAAUAUUUAAUUGUGCCAAUGUGUAACUGUUUUAAUAAUCUGUACAGUUAUAUAGUUGUUAUAUAUUGUUGUAUCAUAAUGUAAUUAUAUUGAUAUAAGUAUAUAAUAUUAUAUAUGCUAGUCAAAUUGAGUAGUUAUUUGAAUAAAUUUGAAUAAAUCAUCAAUAUAU